ACCCAAUCCCCAUGAUCUUCCGCUCUCAUUCCUCUGGUUUCGUCACUUCCAUCACUCUAACACCAAAUACAGGAUCCCCUCUUAUCAUCCUCCAAUGACCCCAUCACAUUCAUCUCACUCCAACAUCAUGUGCCCGGCCCCGGAAACCAUACCUACUACCACCAAUAUAUACAAAUGGAACAACCACCCAUUCUUUCAUCACUCAGGUAUGAGAACAUUGGGACGAUGCGGGACUUGCCGAUAAUGGAUUGUCGAAGAUCGUUGUAUACUGUGUAUUAUAUAUUCUUGUUUUGCCCCUGAGAGAAUGGCAUAGUAAGCUCAACGCUUGUUUGUUCUGGAUACUAUUCUUCUCUCUCUACUCUAUACCACCAUACAUGGAACUAGUAUAGCACUCUCUCCCCACCUCACCCAACUAUCAGUUCUGAUAUCGAACCCUAUGAUCCAAAUGUACCAACCAACAUCAUGCCUCAUGCUACACAUCAUUCUCCCCUUGAUGGAGAGGAUGUGGCAAUGAAUGCCUCCCUCCAAGAAGCCCUCUCCUGCACCUCCUGCGAUCUCACCUCCGUCCCCAAGGACAUCUACUAUGAUGAUCGCAUAAAAGGCAUCUACGAUGCCUCCCGCGACCCACCAUUUCUGACGCCAGGUCUUACCAUCACCACAGAAGACAGAGAAAUACCGCCCGACGAAAUACCUCUGGCCCCCAAAGAGGGAAAUGAUAAUAGAGAGGAGCCAUCGCCCACAUACACGAAGCUCUUCACACCAACCCAAGAACAAGCCUACAAUGCCCAACUCCAGAUAUACCUUAGCCACGACGCGACAGACGACCCCAAAUUCGCGAAAUACCUCGUGGACUACCACAUACACAUACAUUACCUUCUUCGUCGCAGCAUGCUAGGACUCUGCCGGGACGUGAGAGAUGUAUACGAGCUGAAGGAUUGGAUGAAGAGGAUGCAUCCUGUCAAUCAUGAGGAUGAGGUAUCUGUCAGUGCUACUGGCAUUGACAUAACCCAGCCUAAACUUGGACCGUCUCAGAACCUGUAUUCUCUCAGAAGUAAGAAUUACCGGAAACGUUACAACCGACACCAACAAUCCUACCAAUCUCCCUUCUACCAACCACAGAGACAAUACCUUCCCCGUUCAUCAGGCUCAUCCUCCGUCUCAUCAAAAAAAGAUGACGGGCCAAGCGACUGGCCAGGCGACUCGAACAGACAGAUGAAAUAUCAAGUGAAACUAUGGGAGAAAGGCGCAAUAAUGAGGAAGAAGCGCUUUGAGGAGUGUGAAGCCCGGUGGGCAGUUAUACAAGAGGAGAGGGAACGACAACGAGUGAAGAUGAUGCGGAGUGAGAGGAAUGUGCAUAGGACUACUAGUGCGCGUAUGAUAGGGGGUAGAGGUGCUGUCAAGGUGAGGUUGUACUGCUCGACGCAGGUAGCAGGUGUUGGUGGUGAUGGGGUAUACUAUGAUGGGAAGAGGAGGUUUUUGAGGGAGGUGGAGUUCGAGGAGAUGGCUUUUGGUGAAGUUAUUAGAUGACUAGGAGUAUUGGAAUGGAUACCUGUACAGUGGAGCCUUAUUCUUUUUAUUUUUCCCCCAUGUUCCAAGUCUCUUAAUUCUCUCUGAAUACCCCCUGAAGUUCUUAUAGUAUUUUUUAAUUGUGUUAUUUUGAUGAUAUUCUUAAGUUCUUCUUCAUUUCUUCUUCAUUUCUUCUUCAUUUCUUCUUCAUUUCUUCUUCAUUUCUUCUUCAUUU